UAGUACGAAUAAAAAUGGGCUACUCCAAGUUUUCAAAGUACAAUUUCUUCUUCUUGAUUAUGGUUUUCUAUGUAGUGUUAGGCCAAAAAAAUGAUCAAAUAAUGUUAAAUGAUCGCGCCUCACUUCUUUCGUUCAUGUCCGGGAUUGUUUCUGAUCCUUACCAUGUACUAGAAAGUUGGAAUUCUUCCAACAUUCAUCUGUGCAAUUGGACAGGAAUUGUAUGUGACAAGCAAAUCAAUAGAGUUGUGGAGCUUGACCUUAGUCACCAUUCGUUACGUGGGACGAUUUCUUCAUCUCUCUCGGGGCUUUCAUUCUUGCAGAUUCUUGAUUUAUCUGGAAACUUGUUACAAGGCAAAAUUCCUGCUGAAAUAGGCUAUCUUUUAAAGCUUAAUCAGCUUAGUUUGUCUUCUAAUCUUCUCGAAGAGAAUAUCCCGAACGAAUUAGGAUUUCUUCAUGAAUUGAAGUAUCUUGAUUUGGGAAGUAACAAUCUUUCUGGUGAAAUUCCUCUGCCUAUGUUCUGUAAUUGCUCUGCUUCUUUGCAAUAUAUGGACCUUUCUAACAAUUCACUUAGCGGUAAAAUCCCUAUGGACAAUUACUGCGUGUUGAGUAGGUUGAAGUUUCUUCUUCUCUGGUCUAACCAACUUGUUGGCGAAGUCCCUCAAGCUCUUUCGAAUUCUUCAAAACUAGAAUGGCUUGAUCUUGAGUCGAAUUCAUUAAGUGGAGAGCUUCCUUCUAAUAUCGUAAGUAAAAUGCCAAAGUUACAAUUUUUGUACUUGUCCUAUAACAACUUUGUUAGCCAAAGUGAUAACACUGACUUGAUGCCUUUUUUCGCGUCCUUAGUUAAUUCUUCUAACUUGCAAGAACUUGAGUUAGCUGGAAAUAAUCUUGGUGGGGAGUUACCUCCUAUUAUUGGUAACAUCUCCAAGAACCUCGCACAAAUUCAUCUUGAUGAUAAUCUUAUUUACGGUCCUAUCCCUACACAAAUUUCCAAUCUUGGAAACAUCACUCUUUUGAACUUGUCUAGUAAUCACCUCAAUGGUACAAUUCCUCCUGAGUUGUGCAAAAUGGGAAAACUCGAGAGGCUUUAUCUGUCGAAUAACUCAUUCUCGGGUGUCAUUCCUUCUGCUUUUGGGAAUGUUUCUCAUUUAGGCCUUCUUGAUCUGUCGAAAAACAAGCUCUCUGGAUUGAUCCCCGAUAGCUUUGCUAAUCUUCCGCAACUGAGAAGGCUUCUGUUGCAUGACAAUUACCUCUCUGGAACGAUAGCCCCGAGCCUAGGAGAGUGUGUUAACUUGGAAAUUCUUGAUCUUUCUAACAACAGGAUCUCGGGCACGAUUCCAAGUGCAGUUGCUGGAUUGAGUAGCUUGAAAUUGUAUCUUAACUUGUCUAGUAAUCACUUACAUGGUCCUAUUCCCUUAGAGCUCAGCAAAAUGGACAUGGUAUUGGCAAUUGAUUUGUCUUCAAAUAACUUCUCAGCUACUAUCCCUUCACAAAUUGGCAGCUGCAUUGCUCUCGAAUACUUGAAUCUAUCGCGUAAUGCUUUAGAAGGACCUCUUCCAUCGUCGAUAGGUCAAUUGCCUUACCUAAAGGCAAUAGACAUUUCAUUCAAUGUAUUGAGUGGGCAGAUACCGGAAACUUUUCAGGCAUCGUCAACUUUGCAAAAGCUCAACUUCUCCUAUAACCAUUUAUCCGGGAACGUGACCGAUAUUGGUGCAUUUUCAUCACUAACCAUUAACUCAUUCUUGGGAAAUUUUAAGCUUUGUGGCUCAGUACAAGGCAUGAAAAGUUGCCACGAAAAGAGAGGUUACCAUUUCAUAAUCACAAUCCUCCUUUCAUUGCUUAUAACUCCCAUUUUUUGCGUAGUCGGGUACCCUCUCGUCCUAAGGUCCAAAUUCAGGAUCCAAGUGGCCGGUUUUAACAGUAAGGUAAUUGAAGAUACAGAACAAGGUGGAGGGAGGAAAGAGCAAAAGUACCCGAGAAUAUCACAUAUGCAGCUGAUUGAAGCGACAGGAGGUUUUAGCAGCUCGGGCCUAAUAGGAGCAGGACGAUAUGGGCGGGUUUAUAAGGGGGUGCUGAAAAACAACAUGAGCAUAGCUGUUAAAUUAAUUGAUACACAAGCAGCUGGAGAGAUUUCAGGGAGCUUCAAAAGGGAAUGCCAAAUCUUGAAAAGGACUAGGCACAGGAACUCGAUUAGGAUCAUAACGACGUGUAGCAGGACGGAUUUCAAAGCUCUCGUGUUCCCACUGAUGCCAAAUGGAAGCCUAGAAAACCAUUUGUACCCGAGCCAUGGGCUGAGACAUCAACUUGACAUGGCUCAAUUGGUUAGCAUUUGCAGUGAUGUAGCAAAAGGGGUGGCCUAUCUCCACCAUUAUUCGCCCGUUAAAGUCAUGCACUGUGACCUAAAGCCAAGUAACAUCCUUCUUGAUUAAGACAUGACAGCUUUGGUCACAGAUUUUGGGAUUUCAAGAUUAGUAAAAUCUGCUGAGGAAAAUACUAAUCCGGUCGACGAAUCAGUUUCUUACAACUCAACAGAUGGCUGGCUUUGUGGAUCAAUUGGUUACAUUGCUCCUGAAUAUGGAAUGGGAAGGAGGGCUUCAACAAAAGGAGAUGUAUUUAGCUUUGGAGUUCUGUUACUCGAGAUUGUGACAGGGAGACGUCUCACGGACACUCUUUUUCAACAAGGCUUGAGUUUGAACGAAUGGGUGAAGAGUCAGUAUUCGCAUAAAAUCGAGACUAUGAUUGAAGAAACACUACAAAGAUGUGCAACUUGUACAAUAAUUCCAUCCGAUCAUAGCAAUAUAUGGCAUGAUAUCGUGUUGGAGCUGAUAGAACUUGGCCUAGUGUGCACUCAGUACAAUGCACCAACUAGGCCAACAAUGUUAGAUGUUGCACUUGAAAUUGGCAGUAUAAAACAGUAUCUUUCAAGUCCUUCCAACAUUGUUUUUGAAGAUGUCACAACAAAAAGUUAAUUUUUUUUUUUUUUUUUUGUAUCACAAACAUCAGCAGAGAAACUAUGCCAAUGUACCGUUUUAACUUUAUUCAUUUGUACUUCUUUUUUUCUUUCUUUUUUCCCAAUAUUUAGAGAAUUUUUUUUUUUUUGUUUGUUCAAUGCUGAUCCAUUUUCUUAGCUCCUAUCCUGAAAAUUUCUUCAGGUGAGCUACAGAAGAAUUCUUUUUAAAAAAUUAAAGAAUCGGUAAUCUUUUUUUUAUCCUGUGGAAUUUUACUACAAAAGUUUGGAUAAAG